UUGUGCAACAACAUGAGUGUGACUUGUGGUGAGCGUUGGGGCAGGUGUUGAAGCGGUGUCCCUCGGAAGGUCAGACGGGUUUUCUUAAACACAGUUAGCGAAAGAGAAACUGAAGUUGAAAUUGUAAAUGAGAUCGACAUCGGCAACAUGAAAAGAAUCUGGACCCUCCUUCUAUCUUUUGCUGUUUCUGGCUUCACCCAAGAUACACACAAUUUUGGUUCACCACUGUUUUUGAUCUCUGGUCCAGAGGUCCUCCAUGCUGGUGUACCAACUUCCUUUGCUGUCACGGUUUUUACCGACUUCCCUGGUAAUUUCACAGCUGAGUUGGCACAUGGAAACACUACCGUAACCAAAACAGAGGACUUCCAAGGAGGUGCCACCUUUGUCCUCAUACUUCCACCUUUUCCUGGCUCCUUACCACAAAAUUCGCUAUUAAACUUAACAGUGUGGGGUUACAGGGAGAAUCGCCUCAUUUUUACAAACACUACUACCCUCCUCUUCAACCUGCGGACGGUAACCUCCUUCAUACAAACUGACAGAUCAAGCUAUGAGCUGGGGGACACUGUCAAAGUCAGGGUGGUCUCUUUCCAUCUGGAUAAUAAACCAUACACAGGCAAAGUGGGAAUUUCACUACUGGAUCCCAGGGGGAAACCUGUUGAUGACUGGAGCUCCUCGGGGAAUUUCGGGAUUGUCUUCAAAGAAUUUACUUUACCCCAGUCCUCUCAUCUCGGCCAGUGGGUGAUCACAACAACAGUGAAUGGAAUAACGGAUGAGAAGUCCUUCGUUGUUGAGCAUCACGAUGCGCAGCCUCGUCCAUUUGAUGUGAUGGUAAAAACAUCCUCUCGAGUCCUUCUUGGUGAUAACAUCUCUGGAUCAGUGAGAGCACUCUAUCCUGAUGGACAACCUGUUCGUGGCACAUUAGUUGUAACCCUAAAGCCUUUUAUAAGCAACAUAACUUCUCCAUCUCAGCAGACCCAAACCAAGCAGAUCUAUGGGUCAGCACAGUUUUUCUUCAGCAGAGAUCACCUUCAGUCUCUGUACUCCUCCUCAGCAACUAGCAAUAGAAGUCAUGUUUUAUACAUUGCUGCCCAGAUCAAUGAUAACUCCACAGGACAUACCGUGAACAAAACCAUGGAAGUCCAUAUAUUGCAAAACAAAUUCCAGCUCAUGUUUCUCAACUUCCCAUCAACUUUAAAGCCAUCCCUAAACUUCUCAGCAAAUCUUCGGAUUGUCAGAUAUGACAGAAAGUCUCUCAGCUCAUUGGAUUUGAAGAACUCUGCUGUGGUUCAGGUCACACAGAAAACCUCUUCAAUAAACUCAACAACUAUGAGUCUAACUCUGCCUGUGCCGGAGAAUGGCAAUGUACUCAUCCAGUUUAAAUUACAAGAUCGAGUAGAGAUGCUCUACUUACAGGCUCAAUUCCAGUCCAUUGUGGAGACCCUGACGGUGUACACCAACUACUCCUCUCCUACUGGCUCAUAUGUUCAAAUCAGCUCUGUCAACAGAUUUCCCACACAGGUUGGAUUGCCACUUCGGCUUAAUGUGGAGAGUACCAUCAAACCGGAGAAACUCCAUUUUGUGGUGUUCUCUAAAGGUCAGAUGGUAGCUGCUGGGACUAAAAGCUUUUCUUCGUCCAUUGCUCUCACGCCAGAGCUUUCCUGGUACCCUGAGGCCUGUGUCAUGGUCUACUAUAACACCUCAGAUGGGGAAAUUACCAGUGACACAACCUACAUUUCUAUCCAACAGUACAACCAUGUAACCCUAAACUGGAGCAGUAAGUGGGCUAAACCAGGUGAGCAGGUAUCGCUGACUGUGGCUGCCAGUGAAUCCAGGUUUCAAGUAGGAAUAACAGUCACAGCGAUGGAAAAUGAUGCCCUGCAGUCUGAUCUGGAUCAAAGAGCUGAAAAGUUCUUGCAGAGAUGUAAUCCGAAGACGGUGACCAAUGCAAGAUUGUUUAUGAAAAGCCAAACAGAUGCUGCUAAAACUGGUGCACAUAAAAACAACGGGUUAAUUUUACAAUACUGGAGGCACUGGGCGGAGUUUGCUGAAUCUCUGCUAUGGUUGGACAGAAAUGUCAGUGAUAAAAGCUGGACCACUGGGAAAAUAACAGUACCUGAUGGUAUCAGCUCUUUAGGAGCUGUAGCACUGCUAAUGUCAGAAAACUUUGGUUUGGGUUUCACUCCUGUCCCAGAAAAGCUGACCAUAUCCAAAGAUUUCUCUCUGUCCCUUGUUGCACCCUCACAAAUCAUCAUAGGGGAGGACUUUGUGCUGGAAGUAAAUGUCAUCAACCAUUUAGAGCAAGACAUUGAGGUGAUUGUGUUGGUAGCACAGAGUGAGGCUUUUCAGUUUCCUCUAAUGGAGCGCAGGGGAGCAUCCGUCAUAAAUGCCCAACCACUUACCCUGAGGAGUCAUAAGUCUGCCUCAGUCUUAUUCCCUAUCAGGGCCGUGGUUGUUGGCGAGAUAGAAGUAUCUGUGGACGCUGUGUCUGCAGAGUCUUCAGAUAGUCUUGUUAGAACAAUAUUGGUGAAGAAUAGAGGAGUUGAACAGACCUUCUCUCACACUCUGUUCCUGGAAGUGGCACCAAGGCAUCUGAACUCUUCUACGUCCGUUUCCUUCUCUUUUCCACCUAAUCUAGUACCAGGAAGCCAGAGGGCUCAUAUAGCACUAGUUGAAUGUUUAGCUUCAAUAAAUGUUUGCAUUUAUGCAGUUAUGGAUAGUUUUGUUCAAGGUUUCUUUGCCAUAGGUUAUGAGAAACAACUCUCUUACCAAAGAGAUGACGGUUCAUUCAGUGCUUUUGGAAAAAGUGACAUGUCAGGUAGCAUCUGGCUGACAGCCUUUGUGCUGCGAUGCUUCCUCCAGGCUCAGUCCUACAUGUUGAUAGAUCAUACAGUCUUAACUAAGGCCACAGCCUGGCUCUUGAAACAUCAAGGUUCCCAAGGAGAGUUUACUGAGGUUGGCAAGAUUAUCCACACCAACAUGCAGGAGGGGCAAGAUGAUAGCCCAGAGGCUCUCACUGCUUUUGUACUUGUGGCAUUUCUGGAGGACAAGGACCAUUCUGAAAUGUAUGCAGAUGAAAUUUCUGUGGGUCUAAGAUACCUGGAGAGUAAAGUGUCCAGUGGUGUGGUCAGCAACUACAGUCUGUGUUUGGUGGCUUAUGCUCUAGCUCUGGCCAACAGUCCUGUUCUGGAAGAAGUGCUCUCAGAGCUCAACCGGAGAGCUGAUAAGAAAGAUGGUAUGAUGAUGUGGACAAUCUCUGAAGCCUUGCGAUCGAACAACCAGCAGCAAAGUUCAGCACAGAUUGAGAUGGCCUCGUAUGUGCUGCUCGCUCGGUUUAUGCGCGGCAACUUCCUUGAAGGUAUUCCACUCAUGAAGUGGUUGAGUACUCAGAGGAACCAUCUAGGUGGAUUUGGAACGACUCAGGACACAGUAAUUGCCCUCCAGGCCCUUUCUUAUUACGCUGCAUUCAGUGGCGCAAAUGCCAUCAACCUAAGGUUUAACGUAUCGUCGCCGUCAUCUUCAACUGCAAUGUUAUUUAACAUUAACUCAACUAACUAUCGGGUUUAUCAAAGCCAAGAGAUUAACCCUGACAAUGAACUACCUUUGAAUAUUUUCAUGGAAGGAAGAGGGUUUGCCAUAUUUCAGCUGAACAUCUUUUACAACGUGAACAGCACACACAACACCAAGCCAAUACCAGAUGAUGAUGCCUUCAUAUUAGAUGUUAAUCUCUAUAAAAGGGAGCCCGGUGGUGUAAUGUUGUCUGUAUGCACAAGGUUGAAGGAAAAUCAGCCAAUAGAUCGUACAGGUAUGGCUAUAUUGGAUGUGGGGAUACUAAGUGGUUUCAGUCUUGCUCCUGAAGAUGCGAUCUCUGAUACUUCCAUUAUGAAAAUGGACAGAACACCUGAAGGUGUCAUACUGUACCUGGAUUCUGUGACCAAGGAAGAGAUUUGCUAUAAAUUUCCUUUUCUAAGAAGCUCUAAAGUGGCCCGUGUAAAAGAUGGUGUGCUGCAGGUUUAUGACUACUAUGAACCAACAAGAAAAACUGUAAGAACAUACAAUGCAGAUAGUCUUCGUGACCUGGACAUCUGCUCUUUCUGUGGCAGAAACUGUGAGAAAUGCACUCCUGGAAUCACCAUCGCUGUGACUUCCCCUCUGUUAUCUCACUCAAAAAGCUCUGCUUCUUGCAGCUUGACUUUCCAGUUUGUUGGAAUAGUUGUUCUGCUUCUCUCCAUCUGAAAAGAUAAAUGUUAACAUUCAUCCAAUGCAUGUUUGUGUUAGACAAACACUGGAAAGUUGAUUCUCACAUUGAAAGAACUGUUUGCAAGCUGCUGUUUUUUGCUGCAUGCUCUUGCACCCUCUACUGUUUUCAAUCGGCUUUGCAUUUAUUUAUGAAAAGGAACAAAUCCAUGACAAAUAAUGAAUCAAGGCAGCUCAUCUUUUUAGUUAUUACAUUAAUAAACAGAAAAAAAUCUUUAUUGCAUGGUU